AUGGAGAAGACCCACCUGAUUCGGUGUUCACCAGAGGAGGAAAUGGAGAAGACCCACCUGAUUCGAUGUCCAGCCCUAAAGACAAGUACGGAAAGCCAAAGAUACUGGUAUACAGGAGGAAAUGGAGAAGACCCACCUGAUUCGGUGUUCAAAGGAGGAAAUGGAGAAGACCCACCUGAUUCGGUGUCUAGCGAUCAACCCACAUGCCCUCUAUGUAACCUACAGGAGGAAAUGAAACCCACAUGCCCCCUAUGUAACCUACAGGAGGAAAUGGUAGAAGACCCACCUGAUUCGGUGUCCAGCCCUAGAGACAAGAAACCCACAUGCCCCCUAUGUAACCUACAGGAGGAAAUGGCCCCCCCUGAUUCGGUGUCCAGCCCUAAAGACAACGAUAGGACACCUGAUUCGGUGUCCAGCCCUAAAGACAACGAUGGAAAGCCAGAGAUACUCGGAAGCAAGAACUGGGAAGCUAAUGAACUGCUAUUAAUUAAUUGCUAUAUAUGUACCCCCCACCCAUGUGGAAAGUGA